AUGCUGGAGGCACUUUGGAGGCGCACUUCAGCCAUUGCGGAGGAUUGUGCACGCUGGAAUCAAGUUCUGCGGCAGAAAGAGAAAGAAGCCUCAGAGCUUGCAGGCAUGAUCCGCAAUUUCACUGAAGAAUACAUGGCACCUGUGGUGCCCCAGCCAUCGCAUCAAGGGCAAGCUCAGACCGAAGAUGCUCAUGCUGGCAGGACUCUCUCGCCAACUCCACAGCUGAAAGUGCGGCUUGGUCCUCCCACCGACCGAGUCUUCUCGGAUGAGAUGCAGCCAGCGGUGCCCGUGCAGCCAGUCGCAGGGCCCAAUGGACACAUGGCGAUCUCCGUACCAGAGCCGGAAAUCGAAGACAGAGACAUCUAUGCUGGCUUCUCGCCUGCACGCACUCAGCAUGCCGACAGCUUUCGUGAAGGCGCUGACAAGCCGGAGUCAGAGGUCACCAAAGAAGUCGUGACUGACAUCAACCAUGAUGAAGUUUUCGUAGGCUCUCAUAUAGAGAAGUUCGAUGAAGCUUUUGCAGAAGGUGAAGGAGAAGAGGGGGAGCUCUUUGCCAAAGUCCGCGCGGCUUUGUCACGCGUUGUGGGUGGUGAAGCUGCCAGCGCUCUUCAUGACCCAGCGACAGUUCUUAUCCCCCCAGGGUGGGAAGAACACAUGUUCAUCCCGACAAGCUGGGAGGAAAAAGCUCGCCCACCCCCUGAGCCUGCACCUCAAGAGCAUGGUCUCUCACCGUUUACCACCUCCGUUGGUGGCUCCACCAUGGCUGCCGAGCCUGACCCAUCUUCGGAAUUUGCUGGGAUUUUCCCCACCGAAGCCGAGGAUCAGUCAGCAUUGAGUCCGGAGCUCACAGGGCAUGUGGAGGAUGCAGAGCACGCAGGGCACGUGGAGCCUGCCGGGCUACCUGAAAAAGUCGGCCACCCAGGCCCAGCCACAACCUUCUCCGAAUGCCUCUCUGCAGUCAGCUGCGACUCCAUGGCUUUAUCCCAGGAGGCCAUCGCGGUGCACAGCACAGAGCUGGAGGCUGUGCAGUCGGAAGCAGCUCACGCCAGCGAGCGCGCCCGAAAGCCGGGACCGCAUUGGGACGCGCUCCAGAAGAAGCCAAGCUUCCACUUCUACAUCACCGCCGAGGACUUCACCGAACAGGUGAGAAUUCAGUAUGGUGGCAGUGUCACUCCCGACAACUGCGCUGAGUUGAUCACGAAGCCGAACAUCGACGGAUUCUUGGUGGGCGGUGCAUCGCUGAAGCCCACAUUUAUGGACAUUGUGUCCAAGGUGGGGCCGUCGAAAAUGGUGGACAUGUGGCCUAAGUAUGAGGAGAAGAUGAAGAAGGCAAUUCUUUUGCAGAGCGGUGUAGGUCGGCGAAGAGCCACUCUAGCGGGGCAGCAGAUUCUGAAGGAAGACCUCAACGAAUCUGCCAUUGCGGCCUUCAAAUACAACUAUGGCCCCGGCGUUCUCGUCUCCGGUGCUGAUGUGAUGAUUCCAGAGAGCAAGCUGGACCCAGUCGACAAGCUGCCCGAGUACGAGAAACUGAAGGAAAAGCCAGAUCCCAGGCUGCUGCGGAAGACCCUCAUCUUGAAGCUGAACGGAGGGCUGGGCACAGGCAUGGGCUUGGAGAAGGCCAAAUCCCUUCUCACGGUCACCGAGGGCAACAGCUUCCUUGACCUGAUUGCAAAGCAGGUGGCAGCGACCAAAAAGACCUUCAAGACCGACUUGAAGUUCAUGCUUAUGAACUCGUUCUCGACUUCGAAGGACACGCUGGACGCCCUUUCCAAGUACACGGAGCUUGGAACUGGCUCAGAUCUUGAGUUCGUUCAGAACAAGGCGCCCAAGGUCACCGAAAGCGACUUCUCGCCGGCCGAUUGGAGCGCAGAUCCAGGGGUGGAGUGGUGCCCGCCGGGCCAUGGCGAUUUGUACCCAGCGCUGCUCGGGAGCGGCACGCUGGAGAAGCUUUUGAAGAAGGGCUACAGGUACAUGUUCGUCUCCAACUCGGACAACCUUGGGGCGACCAUGGACCUCAAAAUUCUGACUCACUUCGUGCAAUCUGGUGCUCCGUUCAUGAUGGAGGUCGCGGAACGCACUGAUGCUGACAAGAAAGGUGGACACCUGGCAAAAGACAAGGCAACCGGCGGUCUCCUCCUCCGCGAGUCUGCUCAGUGCCCCGAAGAGGACGAGAAGGAAUUCCAGAAUGUUGGCAAGUACAAGUUCUUCAACACCAACAACCUCUGGGUGGACUUGGCAGCUCUGAAGAGGGAAUUCAGGAAGAAUGACGGAGCACUGCCUCUUCCGGUCAUGAAGAACUCGAAGACUGUGGACCCACGAGACAAGAAGUCCACAAAAGUUUUGCAGCUGGAGACGGCCAUGGGGGCUGCCAUCCAGUGCUUUGAAGGUGCGUCCGCUCUGGUUAUCCCUCGUUCACGUUUCGCGCCGGUGAAGACCACAAACGACCUCCUGGCGUUGCGAUCCGAUGCCUACCUACUCACGGAGGACUUCACUGUCGUUCUCGCACCAGAACGAAAUGGAGUUCCUCCUGAUGUGAAGCUGGAUGGCAUGUACAAGUUUACAGAUGCCUUGGAGGAGAAGCUCAUACCAAAUGGGGCACCGUCUCUCAUCGGAUGCAAAAAGCUGGUGAUUGAAGGAGCCGUGAAACUGGCCAAGGGUGUUGUUUUCAAGGGCACCGUCACCGUGAAGAACACCAGCGGAGCAGAGAAGGAGCUGGCGGCUGGCGUAUAUGAAGACAAGACGGCGCUCCACUUGGCUUGUGCUCACGACUCGACCCGGAGUGUGUUCUGA